GUAGAGAGAGAGACAGAUAGAAAAUACAAGCAUUUUGGGGGCCGAGAAGGGAGGGCCAAGAGAAAGAGAGGAGGAGAAAUCCUUCCGUCGUUCUCAGACAUCUGCCGCAGCAACUCACCAUUCACUCUCUCUCUCUCUAUCUCUCUCUCCUUCCGCGGCAGCUCACUUUGUCUUAAAGAAGAAGGAAAGAUCUCUCUCUAUCUCUAUCUAUAUACAUCAUCAUCAUCAUCAGCUUCCAUCUCACUUGCUUAAAGCGUCAACUGGAUUUUAAAAUCAACCAAUGCUCUACGCUUUACUACUACUGACCAUGUGACUUCUGACAGAUUCCCUCUCAUUCCACUUCUUCAUGUCCAUCUGCCAAUUCUUCAUUAUACAGUUAAGUUUCAUUCAAUAAGGAGGACAAAAUGACUACCUAUACCUCACGGGGACGGAGUAAUUCUCCGUUUCAGAACCGGAGACAGCCUAGCCCAUACUCUUCAUCUUCUUCAACGUCAUUCAUAAACGGACGGAUUAUUCCUCGAUCCUGUUCGUCUUCUGCUACACCAGGUUUUGGCUCCGGCAGCGCUUAUAGUUCAAGAUCCGUGACGCCGAGUCGACAUCGUAGUGAUCCGAUGAAUCCGAGAGGAUACGGAGGGCCUUCACCUGUUGAUUUUGCAUCGCCGGAUGAUAACAUUGAGGAACUGGUUGACGCUCCGAGACCGAGCGCUGAUAGCAUUUCGGUGACGAUUCGGUUUCGACCGCUGAAUGAAAGGGAAUAUAAUAGGGGAGAUGAAAUUGCUUGGUCCGCUGAAGGCGAUAGUCUGGUGCGGAAUGAGUUCAAUUCGGCAACUUCUUUUGCUUUUGACAAAGUAUUUGGACCUUCUGCGACUUCUCAAGAAGUAUAUGAAGUGGCCGCUAGACCAGUAGUCAAGGCUGCUAUGGAAGGGGUAAAUGGAACUGUCUUUGCCUAUGGAGUUACAAGUAGUGGGAAGACACAUACAAUGCAUGGUGAUCAAAUUUCUCCAGGCAUAAUACCCCUAGCAAUAAAAGAUGUUUUCAGCAUCAUCCAAGAUACUCCAGGUCGAGAAUUUCUACUUCGAGUAUCGUAUCUUGAAAUCUACAAUGAGGUGAUAAAUGAUUUGCUUGAUCCAACGGGACAAAAUUUGCGAGUGCGCGAAGAUGCUCAGGGUACUUAUGUUGAGGGUAUUAAGGAAGAAGUGGUUUUGUCACCCGGGCAUGUUCUUUCCUUUAUUGCUGCUGGCGAAGAACAUCGACACGUUGGUUCAAAUAAUUUUAAUCUGUUCAGUAGUCGGAGUCACACCAUAUUUACCUUGAUGGUUGAAAGUAGUGCUCAUGGUGAUGAAUAUGAUGGGGUGGUCUUCUCUCAACUGAAUUUGAUUGAUCUUGCUGGAUCUGAGAGCUCAAAAACUGAAACAACUGGGCUAAGGAGAAAGGAAGGUUCUUACAUAAACAAAAGUCUGUUAACAUUAGGAACUGUAAUUGGAAAACUUAGUGAAGGGAAGGCAUCCCAUGUCCCAUACAGAGACUCCAAACUCACUCGCCUCCUGCAAACAUCUUUGAGUGGCCAUGGGCAUGUUUCACUUAUUUGUACAAUCACUCCAGCAUCAAGUAAUAUGGAAGAAACUCACAAUACAUUGAAGUUUGCUAGCAGGGCCAAGCGUGUUGAGAUAUAUGCCUCACGCAAUAAGAUUAUUGAUGAGAAGUCUUUGAUAAAAAAAUAUCAAAAAGAGAUAUCAACUCUCAAAGAUGAACUUGAUCAAUUCAGGAGGGGAAUGAUUGUUGGUGUCAGCCACGAGGAGAUCAUAAGCUUAAAACAGCAGUUGGAAGAGGGUCAAGUGAAGAUGCAGUCAAGAUUGGAGGAAGAAGAAGAAGCAAAGGCUGCCUUGAUGAGUAGAAUCCAAAGGCUCACCAAGCUCAUACUUGUUUCCACGAAAAAUACAAUUCCUGGAAUUUUGACCGAUGUCCCCGUUCAACGAAGUCAUAUUGCUGAAGAUGAUAAGCUUGUGAUUCUACGGGAUGAUUCACUUUCAGAAAGUGAAAAUCAAAAGGACUCCACGUCUUCUACUCUUUCAAAUGAUUUUUUACACAAACAAUCUUCGAGCAAAUGGACUGAUGAACUAUCAGCAGCUGGGAGUAUAAUUAGUGAUGCGACUCAAAGGGGUGAGCUGCCUAAAGACGAAAUGACAAUGUCAGAUGAAAUGGACCUUCACGUUGAGCAAGUUAAGAUGCUUGCUGGUGAGAUAGCAUUCAGCUCUAGCACACUAAAACGUCUGGUGGAACAGUCUGUCAAUGAUCCAAGUGGAUCAAAAAUACAAAUUCAAAAUAUGGAGCGUGAAAUCCAAGAAAAAAGGAGACAGAUGCGGGCUCUGGAACAGCGUAUUAAUGAAAUUGGUGAAGCCUCAAUUGCUAAUUCAUCACUGGUUGACAUGCAGCAGACAGUUAUGAGAUUAAUGACUCAAUGCAAUGAAAAAAGUUUUGAGCUUGAGAUAAAAUCUGCAGAUAAUCGAAUCCUUCAAGAACAAUUGCAGAGCAAGUGUGUGGAGAACAAGGAAUUGAAUGAUAGAUUAGCUGUUAUGCAACACCAAUUGGCAUCUUCAACUGGUAACAAGUUAUCAUCUUUAGAAGAGAGUGUUCAUCAAGGAUAUCUAGAUGAAAUGAAAAAGAAAGUUCAAUCUCAGGAAAUCUCGAAUGAGAAACUGAAGUUAGAACAAGUUCAAAUUCUGGAAGAGAAUAGUGGGUUACGUGUCCAGAAUCAGAAGCUUUCGGAAGAAGCUUCGUAUGCAAAAGAACUAGCAUCUGCCGCUGCUGUAGAGUUGAAGAAUUUGGCGGGUGAAAUUACAAAGCUCUCUCUUCAAAACACAAAGCUGGAAAAAGAAUUACUCUCAGCCAAAGAAUUAUUACAUUCUAAUAAAGGUGGUGGUACCGUUUCAAUGCUGAAUAACAACAGAAAGCAUUCUGACAGUUUCAGAUCCACAAGAAGAGGCGGGCGGGUUUCGGGUCGACCCAACAACGGUUUUCACGACGAUUUCGAUUCGUGGGAUCUCGACCCGUCUGAUAUGAAAAUGGAAUUGCUUGCUCGAAAACAGCGAGAGGCAACUCUCGAGGCUGCAUUAGCUGAAAAGGAAAUUGUUGAAGAUGAAUAUCGGAAAAAAGUUGAAGAUGCUAAGAAAAGGGAGGCGGCUUUGGAAAAUGAUUUGGCAAAUAUGUGGGUGCUUGUUGCUCAGCUUAAGAAAGGUGCGGUUAGUUCUGAUUUGAGUACUAAUGAUAGGGGUGUUGAUCGAACUGAUCAAAAUGUGGAUAUGAAAGCUGAUGAAAUAAAAAAUAACGAUACUAUUCUUAAAGAGGUGCAAGUAAAUGAUGCCGUGAAAUCAGUUCAAGGAAUUUCUAAGGAGGAAUCUCUUGUCGUUCGUUUGAAGGCUCGUAUGCAAGAAAUGAAGGAGAAAGAGCUUAAAUACUCUGGCAAUGGGGAUGUGAAUUCCCAUGUAUGUAAAGUUUGCUUUGAAUCACCAACUGCCACAAUGCUUCUCCCUUGCCGCCAUUUUUGUUUGUGUAAAUCUUGUUCGCUUGCUUGUUCUGAGUGUCCAAUUUGUCGCACAAAGAUCACCGAUAGAAUUUUUGCUUUCACUUGAAACUAAGGUUUAUGGUUACCCUCAACUAAAAGGUUCUCUAUCAUCUUCCAUUGAUUGUAAUUUCUUGCACUAUAAUAGUGCGGUUUGAUGUAUUAUCCUAAAGGUACGUAUCUCUUUUAUAAUGGGGUUUGUAUAAAUAAGAAUUGGUUCGAAAGUAAAUACUUCUAUUGCUACACUUAUUCUUCUUCUAUAAGUAAAGGAAAAUCCAUUAUUA